AUGUUGUCACCAGUACUGCGUGGCGUUCACCAACUGACAAAGACGACGCAUAUCUUUGCUCGACAUACCAUCCCGCUGGAGUGUGAUGUCUAUGCGGCGGAAGACUACCCGAUCACCUCCCCCGUCUUCCUGUACUUUCACUCAGGUGGUCUCGUGACGGGUUCCAAGGCUUGUGUUCCGCCAUGGCUUGCACAGGUUUGCUUCAAGAACAAAUGGCCGCUUAUCAGCGCCAGCUACCGCAUGCUUCCUCAAGCCAAGGCCUCGGGCCUGCUCGAGGACGCUCGGGCGGCUUACACGUUUGCGAGACGCUGGCAACUGUCCGAAAGAGCUUCCGUUGAACGCAAGGUGAUUGUUGGUGGUGGAAGUGCGGGCUUUUUCAUGGCGUCCCUAACGGCUCAUCAUCUUACGCCACCUCCCAUUGCACUGCUGUCAGUCACUGGCAUCACCACCUUCCAGCAUCCCUUCUUCAAAUCUUCCGUCUUACUCACCCCCGAGCCCAUCACGGAAGCCCAAAUGUCCCAUCAUCUAUCCGAGCCGGUAUCCGCAGGAUCAACGUCGGCCAAUGACCCUCAAGUCUUUCAUCUUGACAAGAUCCUUCCCACUGGCUCCAAGAACACCGCAUUCAGCAUCCAUCCGGUGCCCCUCACCAAUGAUGGGAAUGUCGAUAAAUUCCCUCGUGGAUGUCUUUACGACUAUUACCUUUACAAAAAUGAGUUUCCGGUCCUCGUUGCCGACAUUGAUCCAGGCUAUGAGUGGGCCAAGUUGGAAUCGGAAACCGCCAGAGCUGCAGCCUGGCCGCCCACAACCAUCAUACAAGGCGAUGCAGACGAUGAUGUUGACCUCUCAGUGAGCAACCACAUGGUCGAUUGCCUCAAGGAGAGCAGGGUCAAGCUCUUUCUUGCGAAGGGCCUGCCGCAUCGUUACGAGGCAACAAGGUUUCUUGAAGAUGAUGUUGAAGGAAUGGAUACCGUCAGGCAGGCCGUCUCCAACUUGGAGGCUGACGUUGCUCGAGUUGCUUGA